GGUGCGACUAAGCUAGGCGCAGGCCUCCGUUCCCGGGAGCCGCUAGCAGCCGCAUGGACCGCCACCCGGCUUCGGCGGGCUCCCGAGCGGAGCUUGGCCGUCUACUACAGGCGGUCCUAACGAGCCGUGGCCAGGCCAACGCGGUGUUCGACAUCCUGGCGGUGCUUCAGUCCGAGGACCCUGAGGAGAUCCAGGAAGGAGUACGCACAUGCAGCCGACUCUUCGGUACCCUGCUGGAGCGGGAAGAGCUGUUCGUGGGCUCGCUGCCACACGAGGACACGGUCCUGGCAGGAUCCCAGGGAGCCACACACAAAUACAAAGUGUGGAUGAGACACCGCUAUCACAGCUGCUGUAACCGCCUGGAGGAGCUCCUGACCCAUCCCUCCUUCCAGGUCAAGACUUGUGUCUUCCACACAGCUGUUUCACUGUGUGGUGUGAUUCAGCUGGCCCUGAAGACAUGGAAUCUGCAACCCCAGUUCUGGGCCCCAUAUCUGCUUCGUGUAUUGUCGUGUUUGGUGUGGUGUCUCCGAAACUGCAUGACAAGAGAGCAAUUAGAUGGAGCUGGCCCUAAAGACACUUAUGAAGUUUGUGCAGCUGGAAGGAGCGAAACCCCUGGAGAAGCCCCAGUGGGAAAGUCACUACCUCUUCCCCCGCACACUCUUCAGGUGGUAGGAGGCCUGCUCACACCCGAGGAUGACUACAGCCUGCUUAUCUCCCAGUUCUGUGAGUACUUGGAAUAUGAUGACAUCCGGUACCACACAAUGCAGGUGGCCACAAGUAUUGUGGCCCGAGCCACCAGCCAGCAACCUGAGGUGCCACUCACCUUCUGGAACAAUGCCUUCAUAUUGUUGUCUGCUGUGAACCUGCCCCUCAAAGAGCAUGACCUCACCAACUUCUAUGUGAAGCAUACACAGACGUCGGACAAGUGGAAGGUCGUUCACUUGAAGGAGCACAGAAAAGCUUUCCAGGACAUGUGGCUUGGCUUCCUCCAGCACAAGCUGCCUCUCAGCCUCUACAAGAAGGUGCUGGUGGCCAUGCAUGACUCCAUCCUGCCCCACCUGGCUCAGCCCACCCUCAUGAUUGACUUCCUCACAAGUGCCUGUGAUGUGGGCGGUGCCAUCAGCCUCCUGGCCUUGAACGGGCUUUUCAUCCUAAUCCAUAAGCAUAACCUGGAGUACCCUGAUUUCUACCAAAAGCUCUAUGGCCUCUUGGAUCCAUCCAUCUUUCAUGUCAAGUACCGAGCCCGUUUCUUUCACUUGGCCGACCUCUUCCUUUCCUCCUCUCACCUCCCCGCCUACCUGGUGGCCGCCUUUGCCAAGCGCCUGGCCCGGCUGGCCCUCACAGCACCUCCCGAAGCCCUGCUCAUGGUCCUGCCCUUCAUCUGCAACCUGCUGCGUAGACACCCUGCCUGCCGAGUUAUGGUGCACCGCCCACAGGGCCCUGAGCUAGAUGCUGAUCCCUACGACCCAACGGAGAAGGACCCAGCCAGGAGCCAUGCCUUGGAGAGCUGCUUGUGGGAGCUGCAGACGCUCCAGCAGCACUACCACCCUGAGGUGUCCAGAGCUGCCAGUGUCAUCAACCAGGUGCUGUCUGUCCCCGAGGUCAGCAUUGCGCCACUCCUGGAACUUACUGCAUAUGAGAUCUUUGAGCAGGACCUGAAGAAGAAGGCACCUGGGUCAGUGCCCCUGGAGUUCAUCCCCACUAAAGGCCUGCUGGGCCGACAGGACGACCUCUGCACCCAGCUCUUUACUCUCAGCUGACCUGACUGUUGCCUCAUCUCCUAAGAAUUUUCUUUUUGUGUCUGAGACAGGAUCUCACUGUGUAGUCCAGGCUGGCCUGUAACUUGUGGUCCUCCUGCCUCAGCGUCCCCAGUGCUGAAGUUACAAGGGUGCACCACCUUGCCUGGAUUCAAAUAAAUGGUUUUUUAAGGGA